CAGGUCGUGUUGGAAAGUAGAAAAACAUUUUGCCGCCGACAGUGUUGACAAACUCAAAAUUUUGUAGUUGUUAUUCCAUUCUCAAAAAGAAGAAGAAAAACACGCACAUUUUCUACAAUCAGUUCAUCGAAAAAAAAUAUUUACGGAAAAAAACACACAUCAAACAAAUAUUUUACAGACAUGCCGCAUCCUAACAAAAGAAUGCACGAUCAAGAGGAGCAUAAAAAGCAUGGCAAGGAGGACAACAACCAGACCAAAGAUGCACAGGCGCCGGAGGAAUCUUCAUCCAAUGAAGUCGGAGACAUUGGGGAAUUUACAACUAAAGCUUUCAAGAAUGUGGUGGGAGCCACCAAAGCAGUGAAUGCCUUUCCACAGGGCACCGCUCGUGCGUUGUACAUGACCUAUCCAGGCUACGCACGUGUUAUGGACGACCUCAGCCAGCGGGUUGUGGGCUUAAUUGGAAACGUGCUACAAGCCGAAGGAGUCAAGGGAGACAUUAAAAAACGGCAGCUGGACGAGCAGUUUGAAAUGGUGCAGGAGUGCAAUGACAUACUGUUUGAACGUGUUACAACGAACCUGGAUCUAAAGGCCGGUCUACGCAGAAAUCCCCAGCAAGUGGUGGAGGUACAGAUGAAUGUUGUGAGCAGCAGCUCCUCGCCAUCUGGUGCUGCAGCUAGUAGCACGUCGGUAGUUCAAGACAGCCCAAAGGCGGGCAGCUGGAAUAGGACCACCGGCCCACCACAGAAAAACGUAGUUUCCGCCCGUUUGUUUACGGCCAAAAACAUAGUGCGGCCACAGAUGCUAUUCAAGGAACCCGUGGACAACAGUGCCCUGAAUCCAUUUGUCCCAAGACUUAAAGAAAAGCCCAACGCUCUAAAGCCAUUUUUCCUGCUGCCAGAAUUUGACGAGUCCGGCAAUAUCCAGGCCUAUUUGCAUCCAUACGAGUAUGAGUUGCUGAAGUUUGAUCCUCCUGUGCAGCAGCUCCAGAAACAGAAGCCAAUUCUGCCCAAUCUGAUGUCUGAUACCGAACUCAUGCUAGUAGACACUGUUGAAAAGCUGAAACAAGCUUUAGAAGAACUGAAACAAGCACCUCAAAUUGCCAUUGACGUGGAACACCAUUCUUAUCGCACCUUUAUGGGAAUUACAUGCCUUGUGCAGAUGUCCACGCGCUCGAAGGACUACAUUUUUGACACCCUUACCCUGCGAGACGACAUGCAUAUAUUGAAUGUUGUACUUACAGACCCCAAAAAGCUAAAGAUUCUUCACGGAGCUGACUUGGAUAUUGAGUGGCUGCAGCGCGACUUAUCUUUGUAUAUAGUGAAUAUGUUCGAUACUCAUCGCGCAGCCAAGGCCUUGAACUUGGCCAGGCUCUCGCUGGCGUUUCUGCUAAAGCACUACCUUGACUUGGACGUGGACAAGAGCCUGCAGCUGGCGGAUUGGCGCAUGAGACCGUUGCCACAGCAACUGGUGGACUAUGCCCGUCAGGAUACACACUUUUUAAUAUAUGUGUACGAAAGGAUGACCAACGAUCUGCUUGAGCAACAGGCUGAGCCCGGGCUCCUGAACAACGUCUACCUUAUGAGUACAGAGGUGUGCAAAAAGCGGUACAAUAAGCCACAUGUUGGACCGGAAUCCCACUUGGAUCUAGUGCGAAAAACCAAAAGAAAUUUCGACAAUCGCCAGCUUCAUGCCCUGAGGGGCAUAUUUGAGUGGCGCGAUGCCACUGCUCGGUUGGAGGACGAAAGCUACGGAUACGUUCUGCCCAAUCACAUGAUGCUGCAGAUCGCCGAGAGUCUUCCAAGGGAGAUGCAGGGAAUCCUAGCCUGUUGCAACCCAAUCCCACCCCUGGUGCGGCAACAGCUCCACACGCUGCAUCAAAUCGUCCUCAAGGCGCGCGAUCAGCCGCUGGUCAAACCCAUUUUGGAAGCCCGCAGCAGCACUCAAGCAUCUCUGCCGCCCUCGUCCAAGGACUUCAGCAGCAAGCUCUACUGUCCGCACGACUUUUCGCAUCAGGAUGAAGUUCGCGAUGACCUUCCCACGUUGCUAAAACGAAAUACAUCUGGAAGGCUUCAGCUUCCAAAUGAGGCGCAGCCACCAAGCCAGGAUGAAUUAAUUGCUGUUCCCUCAAUGGUAUUGUUCAAAAAGUCUGAUGUUCCAACCCAGGAGGAAGAGCUGCGAUGGGCUCAUACCCGCAAAGAAAGUCAGGCCCUGCGAAUGCCUUACAAGCGCUAUUUGGCGAUCCUUCCACUAAUGGAGCAGUUGAAGCAAGACCAAAUAGCCCGGGAGCAUAGUGAACAGCUGAAGCGACGCUUGUGCCCAACUGCGUCAGCUCCAGAGGAAAAUAUCAAACUGCAGGCGCCGGCGACAAAGCCAGAAGCUCAUUUGUACUCUCUCCCACUAAAAGAACAACUGAAGCGCAAGCACCAAACUAGUGUGGACGGGGAACAGCCCAGCACAAGCAAGAAAGCGAAAAAGGAUGAAAACACCCAACCCACAGUCAAGAAAGAAGCUACCGAAAAGACCGAGUCUAUUGAGGUAGUUGAGCAAAUCGAGGAAAGCGACGAAGACGCCGUUAUGGAAGUGCCCAUUGAAAGACAACCCGCCGACCAAGCACAACCCCCACAAAACCAGGGAAAACGACAGAAGCGUAAGCAGUUCCAGCAGCGUUUCAAGGCCAAGAAUCGGGCCAACCACCCGCAGGGCUCCAAUCUGCAAGUUCCGCAGCCCAAGCCGGUCCAAGCCGGUAACUUUGACUACAAGAACGUGGACUUCCGGCAAUUCAAGGGCGGAGCGCAGAGGGCACGCGGCACAGAAAUCAAGCAGCAAAUGCAUGGCAAGAACCGACCCAACAAUCGCCACAACAAACAGUUCAACAAGCUAUUCACUUUUAGCAAUGUGAAAAAAGAAGGCAAAAAAUAACCACACACUUACUCCCCAAUACACAUCGAAUUGUGUAUUCCAACCCGAAACCAAUCAUACAAAAUUAGAAAGUUUAUUUUUGACUGUUUAU